GUCUCGCAGCGCGCUAUUCCGUUGCGGCUCGCCUCGGUCGGCCCUAGCUGCUGCCGGAGAGGCCUUGUCGGCCUUAUUGCCGCGGCUGCCGCCCAGGCUCCGGCCAUCGCUUCCUCCGCAUCGCCGCAUCUGCAGCCGCAAGCCUUCGGGUACUGCGGCCCCUGCUGCCGCCACCUUCGCAGCCCGGGUCUUCACCGCGCCACUCAAGCAUCCGUGAGUCGUUCUCUGCCCACCUCCGGGCGCUCGGUCUCUGAGGUAGCGACUACCUAAAAGAGGUUUGCAGGGCUUGCAUCAUGGCAGACGCAGAUCUUAAGAUGGUCACGGAACCUGCUGCUGAGGGGGUUGCUGAAGAGGCGAUGGCUAGCUCAGCUAGUGAUUCUGGGGAAGAAUCUGACAGCAGUAGCUCUAGCAGCGCCACUACUAGUAGCGGCAGCAGCAGCAGCAGCAGCAGCAGCAGUAGCAGCAGCAGCAGUGGCAGUUACUUUUACCGAAAGAAGAGGAUACCUGAACCUUUCAGAGGGGCACGGCGGGAGCCCUCUGGUAAAAGUUUCGUGGAUAGCCUGCCUCAGGCAGUUAGAAAUAGGGUGCAGGCACUCAGAAAUAUUCAAGAUGAAUGUGACAAGGUGGAUGGCUUGUUCUUACAGGCAAUUCAUGAUCUUGAAAGAAAAUAUGCUGAACUGAAUAAGCCUUUAUAUGAUAGGCGAUUUCAAAUCAUAAAUGCUGAAUAUGAACCUACAGAAAAAGAAUGUGAAUGGAAUUCAGAGGAUGAGGAGUUCAGCUGUGAUGAGGAAGUGCAGUGUGACACCCCCAGUGAAAUGCCACCCUUAGAGGGUGAAGAGGAAGAAGCCACUAAAGAAAGAUGUGAGGAAAAGGUUGAGGAGAAGGAAGGUCCUAAAGAAAUCCCUGAGGUGAAAGCUGAAGAAAAGGAAGUUCGUGAAGAAAUUCCUGAGGCCAAAAUUGUUGAAAAAGAAGUUCUUAAAGAAACUCCUGAGAUAAAAGCUGAUGAAAAGGAAGUUCCUAUAGAUACUCUUGAGUUGAAAGCUGAAGAAAAUGCUGAUUCUACAGAUUCUGUGGAGGCAUUUCCAGAAGCAAGAGAAGAUCCCAGAGAAGCCCCUCAAGAGAAGGUAGACCGCAAGGAACAGGCUAAAGGAGCAGAGUCUAAUGCAAGGCCUAAAGUAAGAGAGGCACAAAAGAGACUUUCUGAGACAAGGCCUAAAGAAAGAGUGAAUCUUAAAAGAGCUCGAAAGGGAAAACCUAAAAGGGAAGCUCCUAAAGGCAUUCCCAACUAUUGGCUGACUGUUUUAAAGAAUGUUGACAAGCUUGGGCCUAUGAUUCAGAAGUAUGAUGAGCCCAUUUUGAAGUUCUUGUCUGAUGUUAAUCUAAAGUUCUCAAAACCUGGCCAGCCUGUAAGUUACACCUUUGAAUUUCAUUUCCUGCCUAAUCCAUACUUCAGAAAUGAGCUGCUGGUGAAGACAUACAUAAUAAAAUCAAAACCAGAUCAUAAUGAUCCAUUCUUUUCAUGGGGAUGGGAAAUUGAAGAUUGCAAAGGUUGCAAGAUAGAUUGGAGAAGAGGAAAGGAUGUUACUAUUACAAUCACCCACAGUCGCACAACUGCUACUGGAGACAUUGAAAUACUGCCAAGAGUUGUUCCCAAUUCAUCAUUCUUCAAUUUCUUUAGUCCUCCCGAGAUUCCUACGAUUGGGAAGCUGGAACCAAUAGAAGAUGCUAUCCUUGAUGAGGACUUUGAAAUUGGCCAAAUUUUGCAUGAUAAUGUGAUCUUGAAAUCAAUCUAUUACUACACAGGAGAAGUGAAUGGUACCUACUAUCAUGAUGGCAAGUAUUAUGGAAACGGGAAGUACUACAAAUAAAGAAGGGGCUAGUUAAGAUUCUUCAAGAAUCUUAAAAAUUCUUGCAAGCAGAAAUGAAGAUGGAUCAAUAUAGCCUUGAAAAUAAAACCUUCCCUAUAACUUGAACAGAGUUACUGGUUAUAGUCCUGUGUUUCUGUGUUUUCUUGGUAGUCCAUGUAGAAAAUGUUCUAAAAACUGUCUUAAGUAUCAAUUCUAUCUAGCCUGUGGUAGUAUAAUGUUCUUCAAAAUAUGUAAACUGCUGUUAUAUCUAAAGCAUGUUGUGUUUGGUGCUAUAGUAAUGAUUUUUGUGAAGUUCUUUGGUCAUGUUCCUAUUAGAUUGUACCUGUGGAAACUGUCAGAAUCCUUAUACAAAUACUUGCUUGGAAACACAUGCACACACACACACAAUGUUCUUAACUACCCAUGCAAAUGUGUUUUCUUUCUUUUUUUUUCCAGCUCAGAAGACUAAGAGGAUAAAUAUGCUUGCACUAGCUGUGCCUUCUUUUCUUUGCUAUAGAAAUAAAGUACCUAGACCACUAAAAUAUGUUUUUGUGUAAUGUUACUGCUUGGACAAAAAAAAUUCCUGCAUACAGUUUAAAUGUUAAUUACUGCAUUUGAUUUCUGUGAAUUUAUGUGAAAUACCAGCCUAUAAAUUCUAUAAUGAAGCUAUUGUUUUAAACUAAGACAUGAAAUAUGGCAUAGUAUUUUUUUAAAGUUGCCUCAUCUUAUAAUGUGUAACUAAAAGCUAAAGAAACCACACUUUCUUUGUUAUAUGUUGUACUUUGCCUUUCUCUAACAGUGGUUGUUUCAUUUGAUACUAUUUUUCAUUUCCAUUUAAUUACAACCUAAAAUGAAUGUAAAAUAAUCUUUAAUGCUAUAAAAAUGAGUAUUUUGCUGUUAUAAAAAAUGAUAUUAUCAUACCCAAACUAGAGCAAACUAAGGAAAAUAAAAAUUUAAUAAAGAUGA